AUGUUGUGUAACAAUGGUAAUGCUAAUGUUGCUGCUGCUGCUGACAAGAGAUUCAAGACCUUGCCUACAGCUGAAACACUCCCUAGAGAUGAAGUUCUUGGUGGAUACAUCUUUGUCUGUAACAAUGACACCAUGCAGGAGGAUUUAAAGAGCCAGCUAUUUGGUAAAAAAAAUUAUAUGAUAUCAUUGGAUCCAAGAUAUAGAGACUCUAUUAGGGAAAUUACACCUGGGUUACCUCUGUUUCUCUACAACUAUACCAUUCACCAACUACAUGGAAUUUUUGAGGCAAUGACUUUUGGUGGUAUCAACAUUGAUUCGAGUGCUUGGGAGGACAAGAAGUGUAAAGGGGAAUCACGGUUUCCAGCGCAGGUCAGAAUCCGAAUAAGGUUUUCAUUUUGUGACAUGACAUCCGAUGGAAUUCAGUUUCGUUAUCAUUUACAACAAAAUGCUGGAUUGGAAUUGAAUUCCAAUUCCAGUCAAAUCUUGAGGAAUCAAAAUCCAAAGUUCCAAAAACCCCCAAAAGUACAUUUUCAACAGAAAGAUACAAAUAUUUUUGUAGAUGAAAAGAGAAACUUACGGAUUCUCUAUAAAACUAUUUCCAGCAGGAUCAUCAAGAAUGAGGGUAAAAGAUAA